GCAGCUGGGAUUCCCAUCCCCUUCUGACAAGCUGUAAGGAGAAGUUGUUUCUCAGAUCUGAGUCUGAAGAGAGGGAACAAGUCAAUCAGCUUUCGUGGUCAGAAGAGAAACCUGGGACCAUGAGGAGCAGCCUGACACUGGUGGGGACCCUCUGGGCCUUCCUGUCCCUUGUUACUGCUGUGGCCAGUUCUACCAGUUACUUCCUGCCUUACUGGCUCUUUGGAUCCCAGCUGGGGAAGCCAGUGUCAUUCAGCACAUUCCGGAGGUGCAACUACCCUGUGCGGGGAGAGGGGCACAGUCUGAUCAUGGUGGAAGAGUGUGGGCGUUAUGCCAGCUUCAGUGCCAUCCCAAGCCUGGCCUGGCAGAUGUGCACGGUGGUGACAGGUGCCGGCUGUGCUCUGCUGCUCCUCGUGGCACUGGCUGCUGUCCUGGGCUGCUGCAUGGAGGAGCUCAUCUCCAGAAUGAUGGGACGUUGCAUGGGAGCAGCACAGUUUGUGGGAGGGCUGCUGAUAAGCUCAGGCUGUGCAUUAUACCCCUUAGGAUGGAAUAGCCCGGAGAUAAUGCAAACAUGUGGGAAUGUCUCCAAUCAAUUUCGGUUAGGUACCUGUCGGCUUGGCUGGGCCUAUUACUGUGCUGGAGGUGGAGCAGCUGCAGCCAUGUUGAUCUGCACCUGGCUCUCUUGCUUUGCUGGAAGAAACCCCAAGCCUGUCAUGUUGGCAGAAAGCAUCAUGAGGAACACCAAUUCUUAUGCCAUGGAGCUUGACCAUUGCCUCAAAUCUUGAGAUUUGGCAGAAGAUUGGAGAGGGUGGGAAAGAGAAAGGAAGAUGGCCUUGAGAAGAGGCACUAACACUGGGCCACUUGCUAACCACCUGCUAGUAGUAUAGCCACAUGUUUGCAUGCUUUUUAAAUCACCAGUCACUCAUUUUCAUUUUCCCUUAAGCCAGUGGGUCAGUGCUUAUUUACAAAAUUCAUCAAGAACAAUGAUUCUCUCAAAUGUUUACCUAACUGGUGAGUACCCACUAGCCCUCAAGUCCCAGUGUUCCUUUGUGCAAAAUAAGGAGAAGACCUCACCUGGAAGGUAACUUCAUGAUCAAGCAGAUCUUCAGAGUUCUACAGAUCCUGUCUAUCACUUAAAGGUUGUGUAAGAACACAUGUGCAGGGAAGGACCAGGAGAUGAACAGGGCUGGUUCCUACCACUCCAUGCAUAUGGCCCUCCCCCUGGUCUUUACUGCCGUAUCCAAACAUCUAUGGAGUGCCACUGCUCAAAUUUUUGUGACUUUCUCUGGACUGUACCUUGACUCUUCCUACUCUCUCCUGCUUCUCUUCCUUUCCAGUUGUGGGGAAGCUUGUGGGGAGAAGUACUCCCAUUGGGGAAAAUACUAAUCAAGGAUGAUUGCAUAUAGUCUAAGACCCCUUCCUUAUUAUGCUUUAGAAUAUUCAUAAGAGUUCAUUUUGUGUUCUGGCUGGGUGACUGGCAUCAACCUAGUGGCAAGUAUUGCCUAGUCCCUUAUAGAUACAGACAUGAUAUUCAUCCAAUGUUCUGAGCAGAGACUAGCAUUUGUUG